GAUUUCUACAACGCGUCUGGAGGAUUUCUACAAUACGCCCUACGACAGACAAGCUACCCCAUUUACUCUAUACAUAUAGAGUACUUCGCAAUCAGUAUUCUCAUAUAAGCAGAAAAGAAAAUAUCUUUAUCAGCAUGAGCUCGUUUGACGUCACGACAGCGAGGCAGCACUUCCCCGCGCUAAAGCAGGACCAGGUCUUCCUGGAUAAUGCUGGUGGAAGUCAAACUCUUGGAGACGUGAUAGAUUCAAUAACACAAUAUCUGUCGAAAACAAAUGUGCAGCUCGGAGCUUCAUACCACACGAGCGCAACAUCGACUACGAAGUAUGGAGAGGGGUACAAAUCAGCCGCGAAAUAUAUCAAUGCGGGUGAAGAUGAGAUAGUGAUCGGAGCCUCAACGACCCAACUCUUCAUGAAUCUCGCAUCGGCCCUCAAAUUCCAAGACGGUGACGAGAUCAUCCUUUCCAAGCUGGACCAUGAAGCAAACGUGGAUCCGUGGUUUGUCCUUGCCGACCGACUCAAGCUGAAGAUCAAAUGGUGGGUGUCCGACAAACCAGAGCUCAAGUUGACGCCGGAGAAUCUGAAGCCGUUGUUGAGCAACAAAGUCAAGUUUGUCGCAUGCACUCAUGUGAGCAACAUUCUUGGUGGGAUUCACGAUGUGAAGGCCAUCGCGGAAGCUGUUCAUAGCGUUGGCGCAUUAUUGUGUGUGGAUGGAGUCAGCUAUGCGCCGCAUCGCCAGAUUGAUGUCAAGGCCCUUGGGGUCGAUUUCUACGCGUUUAGUUGGUACAAGGUCUACGGUCCUCACGUAGCUAUCUUGUACGCGAGCAGCGCCGCACAGGAGCAUGUAAAACCCCUCGGGCAUUUCUUCAACCCAACCAAGACGCUUGAAGAUAAGAUCGGGUUUGCUGGUUCAUGCUACGAAGCAGUGCAGGCAAUCCCACAGAUUACUGCCUACGUUUCUUCGGUCGGGUUUGAUGCCAUAACCGCGCACGAAGGACGUCUUCAGGCCAUUCUGCUCGAAUUUCUCAACUCCAGAGAUGAUAUCACGGUUCUAGGAACAGCUUCAGCCGAUUCGAAAGAUCGUGUCCCCACAGUGAGCUUCGUGGUCAAGGGACUGAGCUCGCGCAAAGUUGUUGAAGAAGCGGAAAAGGUAUCGAACUAUGGGUUCAGAUGGGGCACCUUUUAUUCAAAUAGGCUAUGUGAUGAGGUUUUGGGAUUGGAUAAAGAAGGAGUGGUAAGGGUCAGCAUGGUCCAUUACAACACGGAGGACGAAAUCAAGGGAGUGGUGGAAGUGUUGAAAAAAGUGCUUCCGUGAAUGAGUAGCUUACUAGGCUUGGAGCUCAGAAGUCAAUAAUCCCACCACUACAAUGGCAUUUAUUCGUCUUUCCGGGAGCUAGUAUUUGCUUUGUCUGUCUCCGGCACGAUUCGCUGUGCGGUAGAUGUUCAAUCGUUAUUGCCCCAUUGAGCCAACAUCUGAACUUUGUACGAAUGAAGUCAAUAGGCCUAUACCGAACAUCAGAUUUCCGUAUUUUAUCUCCGGUGUACCAUCUCCGCGUUCUGCUCGCAUUUCGUUUCACACCAAGUAGGCACCAUUGCCGAUUCCAGUAAAAUGUACAACCUUAUUCCGGAAAGGGCUCAUCACGUGAGCGGAUCGGUGCGGCUCGAGUAUCCGUACCGACCCCAGUACCUUCAAUCCGGGCAACAGCUCUCGUGCCGUCCCGUCACCUUCCAAACAUAUAAAGCUUAUUGCCCUUGUAUAGAAACCAGCAUCAUCUUGAGCCUCAAGAUCUGCCUUGCAUUUCCAACUCACUUGCCUGCCUUUACCACUACACCGAAACACUUAAAACCU